AUGGAUGAUUCUCAAGUCGUGGAGAAGUAUCAGCAGUCGAAGCUAGAGGCCACUGAAAAUUCAGAUACAGAGUCGCUACUGGAGCUUCUAGAAAGCUUGGAGAACGACGAUGCGCUCGAGACAUAUAGGGAGGAACGCCUUUCGCAAUUGAAAAAGGAAUUUCGUCUGAUAGAUCGCGCAGUUGAGGAUUUUGGCGACCUAGCUGGAACAGUACACUACACGAACAACGAGAAAGAGCUCAUGGAUACUGUUGCAAAUGCAAACACAGCCAUCGUCCACUUCUACCAACCUGCCUUCAGUAGGUGCCAGGCAAUGAAUGACCUCUUGAGUUUGGUUGCCGAGAAGCACUUGCCCAUUCAAGUUUUGGCAAUACAAGCUGAGGACGCGCCAUUCCUAGUUAGUAAACUCAAGGUGAAGAUACUCCCGUUUGUUGUGAUCUAUAAACAAGGCCGAGAAGUUUCAAGAAUUGUUGGAUUUGAGGGGAUUGGUGGAUCAGAGAAGGGUGCCUCGUUGCAGAGCUUCGAGGCUUUUUUGAUGCUGCGAGGACUAAUUGACAGAACAACUACCAACACGAAAAGCGUACGCGAUAAGAAGGCAAUUGAUAUCGAAGAGGAUUCCGGUGACGAUUGGUACUAA